AUGGCGAUGGACGAUCCCGUGACCAUACCGUCGAGUCUGGGGAGCGGGAGUCUGGAGGACUUCGAGAUGGAUCUUGAGGAUCUGCUGCAGGAGAGCCAGCAGCAGCACCGGAGUAGGGCGGCGGCGGCCGCCACCCUCGAGCGGGAGAGGGAACUCAACAUCAUCCGUAGCGGCAGCGCUCCGCCGACCGUUGAAGGGGCAAGGACGGCAAUCGGCAGCCUCUUUGGUGAUCCAGACUUUGGUGGCUUCAAUUUGACCGAUGGCUAUGACCCACGGAACAUGCUGUCCGAGGAGAAGAUUAGAUCGUACCCAUCGUACCUAGGUUAUUACCAAUCAAACGAGGCUUCGCAUCAGAGGCUUCACCUCCCGGCUCUUUCCAAGGAAGAUUGGCUCAUCGCACGGCGGUUCCAGGCGGGCGCAUCCACCUUUGGUGGGGUUGGUGACAGGAGAAACGUACUUGGUGGUGAGACUGCCAAUGGAAGUGACGGUUUAUUGUUCUCCCCGCAGUCCGGGCUUCCUCCGCGCGGUGUUGGUGGGGAACAGUCAAAGAUGAGACAGGGUUUGCGGAGGAGUUUUUAUCGGCAGCCUCCUUCAGAAUGGGGUGAACUGGGAAACAAUGAUCUGAUCGGGCCUGCGGCGAUAGGAGUAAACGCGAGGAAGAACUUCGCCGAUGCACUGCAGGUGGUUUUCUUUUUGUAUGAAAUUGAUCCUUUUUCUCAUGAGUACUUAUUCUAAUACGUAACCACGUGCAUCGGUCGAUUGUUAUAAAUUCGUCAGCGAAACGGGUCUGAUAUGUUUUCACAUUUCGGCCAUUUUUCUUCUGUAUUGUUUUGUUUUUAUUUUGAGAUAUUUAUGAGUUUUGUCAUAUGUUUGAAAGUUUACUAGUCGGUUGCCUCGUUAGAACACUUUUAUCAUCCUUCCUGAGUACGUUUUGUUUCCGAGAAAAUUCAUUGUUUCUGUGCUGGCAUAUGGUUUCAUCUCUUUUGCUCGCUAACCAAUCUUCCGCAGUACUGUGUUUUCAGCAUUGGAUUUGGUGGGUUUGGGGGAGAAAGCUAUUCCAGUUGCUUUAGGAAUUUUUUUCGCUGUUUCUUUCAUCUCUUUUAUGCCCCAGAUUGGAAAUUCCAUCCGGGUAAAGAGGUCCAAAUUUUCGUGUCUUGUUCUAUCAUUCCUCGAGUUUACUAGGGUUUGUCCCCAUCCAUACGACCUGUCGAAUGGAAGGUGAAACCUUUACUGCUUAAGGAGGCACUUGAUGGAAUCCUAGUAUUCUUGGAAAAAAUGUUAUCUUUUAAGAUAUAGAUAACAUUUCUGUUCGAGAGGACAACAAUGGAAAUCCUCAGGUUGAAUUAAAAAAUGCUCAAGCUGAUUUCUUACGUUUACCAUCCGCCUUGAGUUACUCAGAACUCGUGUUUGGGUCCUUAUUUAAAAUCUGUACAUUCUUCUAUAAUUGCAGAGAAGAUAAUCUUGAUCGAACAUCUUCACACGCUUCUUCUUGAAAUAUAAAUAGAAGGAACAACUGAAAAAAUAUUAUCUGCCUCUUGUUUGCCAGUGUGAUGUUUUGUUACUCUGUAGAUUCAUCUGUGUUUUACUUCGUAAUAAAUUAAAAGGGCGUUCUCAUGGAUUUGAUUUGCCUUGGUCUGACAUUGCCUUGUCGGACAUAGAGGUCACUAUGUUCUAUAAGCUUGAAAUGUUUUUCUUCGAGUAGGCAUCCCGCCAAAACCAUCUCUCCUCAUUCAACUAGAUUUUUUUUGGUUACAGAAGGAGCAUGAUCGAAAUUCUUCUGCUGCCGUUCGUCAUCUAUCAUUCACAGGCCGUGGGGCUUUUGAUAAUGUUGUUGACCAAGGAGUCUCUGAUCCCCAGCUGUUACAACUGCAAAGCGGAUUGGAAACCGUGGAUAGGUUGAAAAUGCGAACUAAUUCUCCCGGUCUUGUGAGAGCACAGAGCUUUAGUUCUUCUAUUUCCAAUUCAUUCACAGGUGUCAUUGGCCCAUCAGUCAAUAGAAGCAUUACUCCUGAUCCGCAAGUUUUUGGGAAUUCGUCAAAUUUAUCUCUUCCUAUUUUUGGUCGGAGAGGUGAAAUAUCAUCCAAUGGUAUCUCCACUAGUAUAGCUGACCACCAUGAUAUUGCCGCUGCUUUGUCUGGUUUGAAUCUUUCAAAUAAUAGGCUAGAAAAUGAAGGAAAACGUGGUCAGAGUUAUGAAGAAUAUGCUGAUAAUGGCAAUUACCUGUUCAAUAUGUCCAACGACUACAAUAACUAUUUACAGCACCAGAAUAUGAAAAAGUCUGAAGUCGAUUCAUUGAGCAUUCCUGGCCAUAUGUUACCCGCAAAACAUGGAGCUGUAGAUAAUACUUUAUCAAAGAUGACCUCCAAUGGGCAGAUCAAUCUUCAAAAUGGUAUUGCAUCAACUAAUGCCUAUGAACAGCUACUAGCAGGUUCAGGUUUUUCAAAUGGAUCUGGUAGCUCUGUGAAUGUAGAUUUUCCCAUGAAUCAUGUGGGCAGUUUUGCUGGUGAUUCCUUUCUAUCUAACCUUUUUCAUCUGAUCUUUUCCAAUUUAUUGUUUCACUGUGACGAAAAAUUAUCAUUUAUGUUCUUUUUUUCGCAUCAAUGUACAGGUGGUAUGGAAGAUCAAUUUGUACAUGGCAGAAAAUAUUCUGGAUCUGUGCCCCAGUCCCCUCUUAUGGAUCCAUUGCUUGUGCAGUAUUUACUAGGAAAUGAUUCAGUUCCAAAUGCUGCUAUCAGGUUGAGUGAUUCUUCUCUAGGACAGAGCACCAUAGGCUCUUCACAAAUCGACUCAUCUGCCUAUAAUAAGAAGGCAUCAUUGGAAACUUCGCUUGCCCAACAUAAGUUGCAGUAUGGGAUCCCUUCAAUAGGAAAAACCGGUGGUUUAAAUGAUGGGUACCAUGGCGCUUCUUUUGAUCUUGGGAUGCAAUACCCUCCAGACCCCACCUCUGGUUCUAUUCUUUCUUCUUUGGGUAAUGUGAGUCCUCUACGACAAGGUGAGAGAUUUUCACGUUUCCCUGCCACCAUGAGAAGAUCACCGGUAGGGCCAGUGGGAUCUUGGAAUUCAGAAAGUGGUUCUACACGAGAAGGGUUUGCAUCAUCUCUGCUUGAAGAGUUCAAAAGCAAUAAAACAAGAAGCUUUGAGCUAUCGGAAAUUGCUGAUCAUGUAGUUGAGUUUAGGUAUGUUUUUCUUGCAAUUUCCUUAUUUUCAAUGCUGGUUUAUGGGAUUUGUCAUUGAUUUACUCAUUUAUCUUCCUGUAAUUUUAUUUAGUGCGGAUCAGCACGGGAGUCGAUUCAUCCAGCAGAAACUGGAGGUUGCUUCAGAUGAAGAGAAAAACAAGAUUUUUUCUGAGAUUCUUCCUCACGCUCGUGCAUUAAUGACUGACGUUUUUGGUAACUAUGUCAUACAGAAGGUUUGCGCCCACCCUUUUCUCUUAUGGCUCUAUUUAGCAAUCCUUGACCUGCAUUAUGAAGUUUCUCUGGAAUACCCCCAUUGGCAGUUUUUUGAGCAUGGUACUGAAAGGCAGAGGAAGCAGCUUGCUGGUCAGCUUAUUGGUCAUGUUUUGCAACUCAGUCUUCAAAUGUAUGGUUGUAGAGUUAUUCAGAAGGUGCGCUUAAAAUCUGACUGCCAUUUACUAUCGGCUUCUUCUUGUCAUAUAAACUUAUUGCGAGUUUUCUUAAGCACAUAACCCCCAUUUAUGCUAUUACUUGCUUGGUUCUUUAAAGAGUAACAGUAAGAAAUGUUUUUUUCUUUAAAAUUUAAAGAUUAAACUGCGGUUUCGAAAAUCAUGGUUAAUAUCAUAAAAUUUAAAUGGGGAGUUUCUAUGAAAUGGGGUCUCAGUUGUGUUGUGUAUGAAUUAUUGCCUAAGAGUUUCUCAUGUGUAUACUUAUUGAUGGUUUUAUGAAUCUAAGAAUAUACUUACUCUUUCUCAAUUAUUAGAUAUAAAUUAUGGGCUGCAUUUUAUUUGUAAUGGAGCAUCAACACAUUCCUCCCUCCCUCUCCCCUUCAAGGACUCAUCCAAUUCUAAUUAGAAGAAUGUCGUAUUAUUAUUUAAUUGACUCCCAUUCAGGUGGGCGAUAUGCACACCUCCUUGGAAAGAUGUUACAAACUUAGGUUGAUCGCAACUGCCUUAACUGAGCGAUGCUGUAAAUCAUUGGAUCCAUGUUUAGUGAAUAUUAAAUUACUUUAUUUUUUUUCUUAUUCCAUAAAUAAUUUUUGGGGAACCAGAUUCUUGUGGGGCCUAUUAACAUUUUAGUUUUAAAACAAAACAUUUUAUGAGCUCUUUAAUUCUUUUCUGCUAAACUGAUUUAAGAAUGGGAAGACCUACAUGUGGGAGUUUGGACCUUAGACAGUGAGGAUUAAGAGCUAGGUCAUGUGGAAAGAAUUGCUGUUGGUGUUAUUUUUCCCAUUCAUUAGUGUGUGUGGGGCAUGGUGAAGGGAGCGUCAUUGUGUUUUCAAAGUGUUGAUUUUGGAAGUGCCUAGGUUCAUAAUUUUUUGUACUAGUAGAGCGUGAGGUUUCUAAGGAGUGGAGAUGGAAACGAUAUAUAUUGUGUGACAGAAUGGUACGAACCUGACUUGAAGCUGUGCGUAUGGCUAGAUGGCGCUUUGGUAUGAGGAACCGAAUGUUUUGCCAUGAAGAAAUUAAGUGAGAAUUUUACAGUGGAUCCGUUGUAGCUUUUUUAGAAUUAAAGAUGUGUGAAAAAAGAUGCUUGCAUGGAACGAUUGGAACGUGCUGGAGGCCGUUCAGUUCUGUCGGCAUCUGAGAGGUGGAUAUUUGAAGCAGAUAGCACUGGGGAGAAUAAGCUUCGUGUGUCUUAUUCUGCAGCUUACAGUGCAUCAUAUUGUUUUUUGGAUUUGAAGUAUGGUUUAUGUACAUUUUAUCAUGUAUUUCAUUCAUUGCGGAAUUUAGGCCAUUCCUUAUCACAUUAUGAAUAACUUCCAAGGUACCCAUUAAUGUCCUUUUACCCAUAAGACAGUUAUUUAGUGAGUCAGAUCGACCUCACCAUAUAAUGAACAUGAUGCUUUUAGUUUGGAAUUCUUAUUUUCAAUUAGUUUUGUAAUAUAUGAGGUAUAUCCUCGGUCGUACUUAUCUAAUUCUUGGACGAACCGUUUUUUAGUUUCAAGUUUCUCGGAUUUGAGAAUCAAGUUUUCAGGAGUCUCAUCAACAUGAUUACGGCCUCUGCUCCAACUUUUUUACAGGCUUUAGAAGUGGUUGAUGUCGACCAGCAGGCUCAAAUGGUGUCAGAGCUUGAUGGUUCGGUUAUGAAAUGUGUUCGUGACCAGAAUGGUAACCAUGUGAUCCAGAAAUGCAUCGAGUGUGUUCCUCAAGAUAGCAUUCAGUUUAUUAUAUCGGCUUUUUAUGGGCAAGUAGUACCUCUUUCCACCCACCCAUAUGGCUGUAGGGUUAUUCAGGUACCACAUUGACACUCUUUUCUUAAGAUCCCCGAUUCUGGAUGCCCGCAGUUUUGUCUCUAAAUGAGUUUCCCUUUGGGCAGAGGGUGCUGGAGCAUUGUGAUGAUACAAGGACACAAAGCAUCAUGAUGGAUGAGAUACUGCAAGCUGUGUGCACUUUGACACAAGACCAAUAUGGAAACUAUGUCAUCCAGGUAUGAUAUCUCUGUUUACGAUUGUCGUCUAUUUUUUUCUAGUUUUUUGAAGAAUGGCUGGUGCCAUAUAUUCUCUGGAGGUAACAAAAAAAGAAAAAAAGAAAAAAAGAAAAAAAAAGAAGCCAAAUUCUAGCAUAGUAUCUGAAUUAUGAAGCACCGUGUUCUGUCAUUCUAGGUCCACUCACUGUAUGCAAAACUGAACCAAUUUCUUUUAAACUGAGAUGGAAAUAAAGUCGUAGCAUCUACCUUAUUCAUUGUUGACUUUUAUUUCUCAUCUUUUUUUUUUAAUGGUUCUGUGCUAUUUCCUUUUUUCAGCUCUUCUCAUUAGUGAAUUGACCUAAUCUUCUAAGCAUUCGAGUUAUGUAAAAAUCUCAUAACGCAAAGAUCAGAACAGGGAAAUAAUAGAAUUUCCCGGCAUAAUUUCCAGUGACAAAGUUUUUUCUCUUGGUAAAAGAAUAAAAAAUGAAAAAAAUAAAUGGUGGCAGUUUUUUCUCAUGCUCACGUCGUGUAACUUAAACACGGUUGUUCAUCUCUUUAUGAUUUUAUCCAUCCUUUCAUAUCUUUGAGGAGCCGGCUGAUUCUGUUUCUGGCAUGUGGGCAAUUGCAGCACGUUCUGCAGCAUGGCAAACCAGAAGAACGCUCCGCCAUAAUAAUCAAGCUUUCUGGGCAGAUUGUAAAAAUGAGUCAGCAGAAAUUUGCAUCCAACGUCAUCGAGAAGUGCUUAACUUAUGGAACGGCCGAUGAACGCCAGCUUCUCAUCAACGAGAUUCUCGGCCCUAACGAUGAGAACGAGCCCUUACAGGUGCGCAUUGCUUAACUUUUGCCUGAAUCUGCUAGAAGAAUCCUUCUCCUUUUUAUUUUUAUUUUUCAUCAAUACCAUGAUUUAUUUAUUUAUUUAUUAUAUUAUUAUUAUUAGUCCGAGUAGUGCCGACCAUUUAUUGUGGAGAUUUGGUGGUCCCGGAAUGAUUGUCACGCCCUUUGCUGGUGUGACAUGUGGCCUCCACUGGAUUUGGAUCAGAAUGCAUUCAAAAGAGAAGGUGGCAUGACAGGUGCCUUUGGCCCCGGGCACACCGAGAAUAUUUCCCCAGCUGCGUUGACUAAACCUCACGGGGUGCAUUCAAUCUCUCAAACCCACCCACUGGGUCUUUCUGGGUGGAUCAGACGGUCCGGGAGAGCAUAAUUUCUUGGGCUCCACUGGGCCAAUCCUUUGGAACCAUGCUCGCGAUCAUGCAUGCUGCAUUUCAUCAGUCAGUGUUGACUUUUGUUUGUUCUCCUUCUCUUUUAUUUUGGUGGGGUUGGUCAAAACCCUUGCUCCAGGCGAUGAUGAAGGACCAGUUCGGGAACUACGUUGUACAGAAGGUCCUGGAGACCUGUGAUGACCAGAACCGGGAGCUGAUUCUCUCCCGCAUCAAGGCCCACGUUAGCUCCCUCAAGAAGUACACGUACGGGAAGCAUAUCGCCGCCCGCGUCGAGAAGGUCAUCGCAGCCGGAGGUAUUCCGAUCGGAUUCCUCCUUCCCGUCUUCCUCUUUCUUCUUCCUCCACCGAUUGAUAAGAGAGAAAGAGAGAGAGAGAGAGAGAGCUUUCUAACGCGGCGGCGGCGCUGUUCUUCGUUGCUCAGAGCGGCGGAUGCUGAUGUCGUCGAACGCGUCGUGA